UCCUUCAUCCAACAUGAAUUCACGGUGGCAGAAUGUGUCGGAGGCUCGACAAGCCACUCUUCAACGCCACUCAACAAAUGCUGACGAAAACUCUGAACCGAUCCCAAAUGAUCUCUAUAUUGAGAUAUUCUUGAGGUUGCCGGUGAAAUCUAUAGCGACAUGUCGUUGUGUAUCAAAGCUAUGGGCCUCCUUACUUGGCCUUCCCUAUUUCACGGAGUUGUACUCGACCAGAUCUUCUGCUCGCCCAAGGAUCUUGUUCGCCUGCCGAAAAGACAGUGAGUUGUGCUUCUUCUCGACACCUCAGCAUCUAAAUCCUGAUGAGAGCUCGUCUCUUUUAGCUGCCUCUUAUCAUAUGAAAAUUCCCUUCAAUGGUCGCUAUAAUAUUAUCAGUCCUAUCGGUGGCCUUGUCUUUCUUAGAUAUGGACAUAUUUUUGAGGGAAGGAAAACUCCAGAAUUGUUGUCGGCGAUAUGGAACCCUAGCACCAGACAAUCCUUAACCUUACCGAAACCUAAUACAAGAAAGAGGAUUUGGAUUCAAAGCUAUUUUGGGUAUGAUCCCACUGAAAAGCAAUACAAGGUAUUGUCAAUGAGUGUGGAAGGUGGGAUCUAUAAGGAGCAUCAGGUUCUGACAUUAGGAACUGAGAAACUCUCUUGGAGGAUGAUCGAAUGUUGCAUACCCCAUAUUCAUGGUUCUAAAGGGAUAUGCAUCAAUGGUGUAUUGUAUUAUCCAGCCAUGGCUGACAUCUGUUCAGGGAUAGAAUGUACUUGCUAA